AUGGAAUAUGCACCAAUUGAACUUUUUGCUGUUGUUAUGAGCGGCAAGAUGGGGUUCAAUGAAAUCAAUUGCGUUUUCCGACAGAUAGUCGAUGGUGUCGACUAUCUGCACGGGUUGGGUCUUGCGCAUCGUGAUCUCAAGAUCGACAAUUGUGUCAUGACCUCUGAUGGUAUUGUGAAGAUUAUCGAUUUUGGGACCGCAACCGUGUUUCAGGUGCCAGGGAAAAGUGCUCUAUCUGCCACGGGCAUCGUUGGCUCCGACCCUUACCUGGCACCAGAAGUGCUCACGCGCCAAACAUACGAUGCUCGCAUGACUGACAUCUGGAGUCUUGCGAUUGUGUACAUGUGCAUGGUGCUGAAACGGUUCCCUUGGAAGAUUCCGGAUCCUGACGCAGACCCUAGUUUCAAGCUCUUCCUCCUUGCUCAUCCAGAAUUAGGCGGGAUAGAGCCCGCGAGCCUUCUUGACGAUGAAGACGAAAUCGUCGAUGCCGACCACGAAACCUCUCAUAUCACCGGGGAGAUGUCCCCCAAAUCUCGCUAUGGCCCUGUUCUCGAGACUUCAGGUGCAGAGAAACUACUUAGACAAUUCUCUGAUGAAACUGGCACCGCUCAAAUUCGGACAGCUUACGAGGCCGGUUAUGACAUUUCUGCUGCUUCCACCAGUAACUCUUCAAGUGUGACGCCUGUGGCCACCCGCGAGGGUACUAUAUCUCGUGAGAUGCCGCAACCAUCUCAUUCAUCGCAGUCUUUAAACCCGUAUCGUCAGCAUACGAGUGAUGAAGGGUACGAAAUUCCGUCCCUUUCAAGCAGUGUGGUGUACGAAAGUGAAUCCCCGAGCAUGAGCGUGGCUCAUUCUCCUCCUGACAAUGGUGCUUUCAAGGAGAAAGGUCCUACUGAUUUUAAUGAAGACCCUCAGCCACGUGCAGCGGAUAGCAUAUUCCGCAUUUUGCCUCUACGUUCGAGGUCAUGUUUAUCUCGCAUGUUGAUGCUAGAUCCAUCGAAACGUGCAACGAUCGGUGAUCUGCUGCGUGGCCGUCGCUAUGGUGCACCUGAUAGUGCUAUUUCGGCCACUGUUUAUGCGCAACAACAACAGCAACAACAGGUUGCAGAGUCUGCUGAACAAAUGUCUCCUGAUGCUAGGCCCGUCGAUGCCUCAGGCAUAAAGGGUAUCUCCGAACAACCCCACAGACUUUUGCCAUACGGCACAAUGGAGCCAUACGUGGAUGAAUUCGAAGAUGAUGAAGACUUUGGCGAUGACUGGCUUAAAAGCAUCAAUACAUGCUCGCACUGGAUUUCCCACACGAAUGAACUGCAGUCAUCUUCUUCGGCAUUUACGUUAGCGCCAUCGACCAGCAGCACCCCCGUUCCUAGGCAAGGGUCGCCGCUUUUGACAGACGAAAACUGUUUUGCAGAUAUGGGCUUUCGAUCAACGGACGACAUUUUCGAUAAACCCCCGAUUCGUCCCCCACCAAACCAUAUGCACGUAUCACAGCAUUCUGUUCAAGAACCCAAGCGCCGACUCUUCCCACGUAGAGAAUAG